GUUUCAGAUACUGAUCGGAAAUCGAGGUGCUUGGAGCCCAGACAACUAAAUUGCAGUUAAAAUGAGUGAACAACCUUUAAAGCUCGUUCUCGGUAGAACCUCAGUAGCGGCGACGUUGAGACGGAAGAGCGCUUGUAAGAACCGAUGAGAGAAUCGACAGGGGGGCCUUAUCAUCGCCAUAUACUCGAUCAACACCAGCCCACCUUUCCCUACCGACCCCAGCAGAGCGAGUCUGUCGAUACUCUCACCACUACAGCUACCGGUUCGCAACAUACAGUCUCAGCGGAAGCAGUCGAGGUGGAGGAGCAUGAAGGGGGCUUCGACGGAGAGUUCGAAACUAGGGAGACGCUCAAGCUGACCGCCCGCUCCCCGUUCCAGCGCGACGCCUACACAUCGACGCGUCGCCCAUCCAUCAGCACCAGAGGCCGAGCGCGGGAUGAGACGACGCAAGAAAUACAAGAUGAAGACGAAGCCACUCUCAGAGAGCUGCUUAUUAGUCUUCAGAAGCAGGUGAGCGUUAUGAGUAUGAACCUUACCGCCAAGCUGGACGAGUUGCAACGCGGCGACCGCCAUCUUGAAACUACCGUUGCGCUUUGUGAGAUUCGAACACAGCUACAGGAAUUGACAAAAUCUGUGGAGUCCUGUCAAUCAGAAGUCUCGGAAGUUAAAAGGGAUAUGGUGGCGAUCAAGAACGAGCUGGAUACAGUACAGCAAGUGAAGGAGGAAAUCGAAGAGUUGAGGGAGUACGUGGAUCGGUUGGAGGAGCACUCUCAUCGAAGAAAGUUGCGUCUGCUGGAACAGGGUUUAACAUUAUUCCUGUCCUACGCUAUCCUGGCUGCAGUUCUUGGAAUGUUCCAGUUCGGUUUCAAUACGGGAGUUAUCAACGCUCCGCAGGGCAACAUCGAGAGCUUCAUGAAAGAUCUGUACAAACAACGGUAUGGCACAGAUCUUGACAAGGACGCAGUAGAGAGGCUCUACUCAGUCGCCGUUUCCAUUUUCGCUAUCGGUGGCAUGCUGGGUGGCUUUGGGGGCGGCAUGGUAGCUAAUAAAUUUGGCAG